AUGUCUGACCAGUCCUUGCCAUUCCGAAGCAACAAGUUCAUGUCGGAACUGCGACAAGACUACAAACAACGCGUGUCCACCUUUGCAGAAGACCUCGCUCGGGUCUAUGAGCUUCGCUUCAAGGUAGACAGAGCAAACAGGGAGUUCAAGGAGGGAAUCGGCAGGCAGAUCGACCAACUGAUGCUCAUACGCUCUGAACUAAUCCAGGAAGCCGAUGUUGUUUGUACCGGAGACUCGCUUCUCCUAACUGAGGAGGAUAAAAUGAUCCUCUACUUUCACCUUGGCACACAAGUCAUCCCAGCGCAUUGGCUAGCGUCCGUUCUGGAUAACAUUCGUGAGAAUGAGAAGCUGAAAGCCCAAGAGAAAAUGGUCAAAAACCGAUACUGCGAAUUAUACCACCAGAAAGGUCGCCCGCGCAUGACUCGAAACAAUGGCCAUUACACACGUCGCAUGGAUUGGUAUGCUCGACGUCUAUUUGGCCGACAGGAGACAACUGAAGACGGGCGACUGCCGGUGAGAAUUGUCAAGAGACUCGAGUUCCUGAAGCGGUAUGGACAAGCAGAUAUUUCGGCGACCGACUUGAGCAUGAUUUGA